AUGAACCCUAACUCAUUGACACCGUGGGACGCAGAUGUUUCAAGACUCCGACGGCUAUCAAUCGGCGAUGAAAACUCGCGUAGCUCCAGUCAUUCGAUGACUUCAACACUCUUCGUUCCGGAUGCUACUCCUACGAAUCAAGCCAGCCGAUCUAUGAAUCACAGUCCAAGUAGCAGUACAGGUCGCAAUAGAUCAACGGAUAGCCCCUGGAAUAAGAAAUAUAUUCUCACUUUAGACGGCGGAGGUGUGCGUGGUCUAUCCAGUCUACUUAUUAUCCAACAUCUUAUGGUACUUUGUAAUUCUUUUGAGCAGAGUCAAGAUCAGCUGGUCAAGUCAAGUUUUCAUCCACUACCAUUCCAACAAGGUCAAGGAUCGAUUGCCAAUAGCAGAAAGUCAAGAAGUGCACAGUUCCUGCCGGUACAUUAUUUUGACUAUAUUGCAGGCACAAGUACCGGCGGAUUGAGUGCUAUUAUGCUCAGUCGACUACGAAUGAACAGUGAUGACUGUAUCCAAGAAUACGAGAAUUUAGGAGAAAAUAUAUUUGGUCAACCACGAAAGCUUUCUAUGCGCGGUCCGAUACCGUGGAAUCGGGAAAAAUAUGAUCAUCGCAAACUUGAGGAAUCUAUAAAAGAUGUUGUGAAAAGAAGAGACUGGAAAGAAGAUCAAAUUGCAGACUCUAUGUAUCCUUCAAACAAAGACCGCUGUCGGACAAUUGUUUUAGCAGUCCGAGAAAACAACUCCGCCAACGCCCCUUACCUUUUUCGAACAUACGAACAUGUUAAAUCAGAAUUCAACUAUUCUGAAGAGCUCAAUCCCGGCCCCCCGCUUCAUAUCCCUAUAUGGCAAGUCGCCCGAGCAACUACUGCAGCGCCGACAUAUUUCAAACCAUUUCAACUACUUAAUGAACGCUUCGUAGAUGGAGGGUAUGGUCAUAACAACCCCACCUCAAGAACAUUUGCAGAGGUCGAACAAGUACAUGGCAAAGGCACCGUCGCCCUCACACUUAGCAUUGGUACUGGUCGACCUACGAAAGUCCAACCAAUAGCCAGGCAGAACAGUGGACUCAUAAGCCAUUACAGACAAAUGAUCAAAUACACCGCAGCUACAACAACCGACUCCGAGCACACCCAUGAAUAUGUAAAAGCACUGACUGCGGAUCGAUGUACCUAUGAGCGCUUCAACGUUGAUGGGGGCCUCGGUGAUAUGGAUCUUGGAGAAUGGCGUAUUCAUGGCAAUGAGAACAUGACUCUCAAAAGGAUACGAGAACAAACCCACGUCUAUCUCAAUCAAUCAGAAGUUCGAAGACGAAUGGAGAAAGUAGCAAAAAUGCUAGUGAGGAAUCGACAAGAGAGGUCUAAAACUGAAAAAUGGGACGUUGUUGCUACGGGUCACAGGUUUCACUGUCCUCGGUGUUGUAACGAAGAGACGAUCUUUACAAGAGAAGAGGAUUUUAAAACUCAUCUUUGUGAGACUCAUGAGUUCUCUAGUACCCCGGGGGAAUCUUUUGAGGAGCUCAGACUGAAGAAGGCGAUUAGAGACGGGAGAAUCUUGCAUGCGGAUUGA